CGCGAUUCAACGGCCCAGACUGCCAGCUUCGGCUAGCAAACCCGUUCCGCACGAGUCGGCGGGUUAACAAGCCCACAAACAAGGCAUGUCUCACGAGGGUCGACAAUUCCCUGCCACCCCGGGAACCGACAAAGGACAAUUUUAGGAACCCCAGAUGAGAGGGAGGGAUCUACUGCCGAGGCCUUUUCUUUUUCUCUCUUUUUUUUUGUCAAUGGCAAGGUGAAAAAAUUAUGGUCAGGUGUGGAGCGGAGAAAAUGUCGGGUGGAGAUGGUUCUGUCUGAGGUUCUGGCUUGUUAUAGAAGAGAUGGUUCUUCCCUUGUUUAAUCGCUGUCUCUGAUCACUUCCUUUUACGACUCUUCUUACACGCCUGCUUUACUAUACCAUCUGGCUGCUUGCCUGCCUGCCUGCCUACCUUAGAAGCGGAAGACAACAGCGUCAAGAUGGACAAGAAGGAAGAUAUGACCAUCCACGACGACUUGGGCGAGAAGCCCGAGGUCGUCGGCAAGACUAAAGAGAUGAACACCACCUCGGCCGCUCUGGCUGCUGCCAUUGCUGCUGAACCUCCACAGCUGCUCUCUCCUGGUAUGCUGAAACUGUAUGCCAUCAUGUCGGUCGGCUACUUGGUCUCAACCAUGAACGGUUUCGACGGUAGUUUGAUGGGUGCCAUCAACGACAUGACGACCUAUCAACAAACCUUUGGCCUCAGCUCCGCUGGCUCCUCAGCCGGCAUUGUCUUUAUCGUAUACAACCUUGGUCAAAUCGCUGCUUUCCCCUUCUGCCCUUUCCUCGCUGACGGCUACGGACGCCGCUGGUGUAUCUUUAUCGGUUGUGUCAUCGUCCUCGCUGGUACUGCUAUCCAGGGUGCCUCGCACACUCAACCCAUGUUCAUCGGUGGUCGCUUCGUCCUCGGUCUUGGUGCCUCCAUCGCGUCAGCCGCAGCCCCUGCCUACACCGUCGAGCUUGCUCACCCGGCGUACAGAGGUUUCAUGGCCGGCAUGUACAACAACUUUUGGUGGAUCGGCAACAUCCUGGCCGGAUGGACCACGUACGGCACCAACCUGAACUUUGACAACGCUUGGGCCUGGCGUAUCCCCACCAUCCUUCAGUGCGCCCUGCCGUCCAUCGUAAUGGUCAUGAUCCUCUUCUUCCCCGAGUCGCCCCGUUGGUUGAUCGCCCAGGACCGCACCGAGGAGGCCCUUGCCAUUUUUGCCAAGUACCACGGCAACGGUAACCCCGACAGCCCGGUUGUGCAGCUUCAAUACCGCGAGAUUGUCGAGGAGAGGGAGGCUAUGAGGGACGACAACUCCUGGUGGGACUUCCGCGAGCUGGUCAACACCCGCUCUGCUCGUUACCGUCUUUCCAUGGUUGUCAUGAUGGCCUUCUUUGGACAGUGGUCUGGUAACAAUGUCGUUUCCUACUUCAUGCCCGCCAUGGUCAAGGAGGCCGGCAUCACUGACGGCAACACUCGUCUGCUCCUCAACGCCAUCAACCCUCUCUUUGGUCUCCUCGCCUCCAUCUUUGGCGCAUACAUGCUCGACCGCGUCGGCCGUCGCUUCAUGAUGUUGGCUGGUCUCACCGGUGCUCUGUUCUUCUACAUUCUGCUCACCGCCUUCACCGCCGAGGUCAAGAACAACGCGAGCCUGUCCUACGGCGUCAUCGCCUCCAUCUACCUCUUUGGCAUCUUCUUCGCCGCCGGCUUCACACCGCUCCAGACCCUCUACUCCAUGGAGUGCCUCACCAACAGGACGCGCGCCAAGGGUUCCGGAAUCAACUUCCUGUUCCUCAACAUUGCCAUGAUCGUCAACACGUACGGCAUCGCCGUCGGAAUGGAGGCUAUCCAGUGGAAGCUGUACCUCGUCUACAUUGGCUGGAUCACCAUCGAGAUUGCCAUCAUCUACUUCUUCGCCGUCGAGACGGCAGGCAAGACGCUCGAGGAGCUCGGAGGCAUCUUUGAGGCGCCCAACCCGCGCAAGGCGAGCACGCAAAAGACCAGGAUCGAGGUCGACGAGGCCGGUAACAUCCUCAGCAUGUCGAGUGGUGAUGGCAGGGUUCGGGAUUCUGAAAGGGCGAUUUGAAAGAGUGAUGAUUAUGAUGAGGUGUCUGUUUUUUGAGACGGGCCUAUUCGGCGUUAAGGGAGGUGGUUUAAUGGUUUUUUUUCUUUUUUGGGGAGAGUGGUUAGUCGUUUAAUGUUUUUUAUUCCCACUAACAAUGACACGAUUUAUGCACA